CUUCCAGCAACCCCAAAAGCCAUGGGUGGAGGCGGCGUGAAGAAGUGGCUGCAAGAGUCCAAGCUCAUCAUCGCAUUGGUCUUCCUCGUGCUAACGCGAUGCAUCGACCGCGUCUACAACACGCGCAUCACGUACAACUACGCGCAAUACCUGUGGUACUUUGCCAACAUCAUCAACCCCGUGGCAUUUCAGUUCUUUUGCUGGCCCGUCGUGUGGUACAAACUCUACUUUACAAAGGACAUUACGCCUGAAAUGAAAGCUGUGCCGCAUUACAAGUUUAUGGUCAUGUCUUUCUUGGACAUGUCCUCGAAUUUGCUUGGAACCGUACCCAUUCCUCACAUUGGGGGGAACUUGAGCAAUGUGUUGGGCCAAGUGAGUCUACCAUUCACGAUGAUCUUGUCGCGCUGGUUUUUGCAAACUCAAUACAAGCGCGCGCAUGUUGUGGGUGCGAUCAUGGUGCUCUACGGCGCGUUUGUGUGCAUGAUUCCCAUCUUCCGCGGGGACGUCGCGCUCAACAGUCCCGAUCCGUCCGUUCUUUGGAUCCUUCUCUACGUGGUGUCGUGCAUCCCGUCUGCGGGUGCUAACGUGUACAAGGAAAUCGGCUUGAAAGACGUGGAUUUGGACAUUUGGUACGCCAACGCCUGGAUCAGCUUUUACCAAGUGGGCUGGGGGCUCCUGACGGUCUGGACCAUUCGACUGCCUGCAUUUUCAGACCCGACGGUGGCGUGGCAUGACUUUCCGUCGUAUGUGGAAUCGGCGCACAAUUGCUUCUUUGGCACCCCCACGACGUUCAACGGCGUCACGUCGACGUGCGGCGGGGAUAUCUUCACCACGUACAUCCAGUACAUUGUGUUCAACAUCGUGUUCAACGUGCUGAUGAUGUUCGUGUUCAAAGAAGGCAGCUCGGUGCUGUUUGUGAUUUCGUCGGCCGUGUGCUUGCCCCUCACGGACAUCUUGUACAUGGUGCCAGCGUUGGCGGGACCGUUGGCUGCGCAGAAGUUUACCAUCUUUGAUGGGUUUGCCCUCUUCAUCAUCAUCCUUGGGAUGGUCGUGUACCAUUCUGAAAAGGAAGAGCAAGGGGUGGGCAAGGACCGCGUGCUCAAGUCCCCGUUGUACGCGUCGCCAAGCGUGCGCCGCCUCAAAGCCAACAUCCAGACCCGCCGCAAGAAAGCGACCUCGACCCGCGUCGUAUCGUGCGGUUAUGGCGCCGUGGCCACCGAGGACGCCGUGUAGAUAGAGAUAGAUAGGUAUAACAUCAUCCAGCAAUCGCCGAAUGAUGAUGACCAACUACGUACUACAGUACUUACUGUAUUGAAGAUCUUUGUAAAUGUGAAAUGCCGU